AUCCCGGUGGUACGGGCCAAAUCGUAUUAAAAUCCCCUCCCUCCCUCUCUCUCUCUCUCCCCCUCCCUCCCUCUCUCCCUCCCUGCCUUGUCCCCUCCCCUCCCUCUCGUCUUUCAGACAGACUGUUUUUGCUGCAGUGAACGGUAGCCGUGGAGAGGGAGCCGAGCGAGCGAGAGAGAGAUAGAGAUACAAACACAGAGUGAGAGAGGGAGAGAGAGAGAGAGAGAGCCGAGGAAAAAGCAAGAAAAACAAGGAGUCAGGAGAAGGAACGAGGAGAUAAAAAAAGUCGAUAAAAGCAGAUUGAGAGGAGGCUCCGGACAAGCGACUGCUGCGCAUUAGAGGAGGGACCUUACUGGGGACCUUACUGGAGACCAGCGCCAGCAAAACCCGACUCCGGAGGCGGAAUAUAACGGUGACACUCCAGAGCUCCUCUGCCCUCCUGAGGAUUCAGUGAGACAGGCGGAUCUGCGCGCCCGACCAUGGCCUUCCCAUCAGCCCCCUCCGCAUUAUGGAGUGUCAGCUUAUUGACAGUACUGUUCGCAGCUGCAGUUCACAGCAACAUUGUCUUUGACGAUGACCCCUUGCAGCCGGUGACCUCAGAUGAGACGGUGUCCGUGGGGGGCACGGUGACACUGACCUGCCGGGUGGCCGAGAGCGACAACUCCUCACUGCAGUGGUCCAACACUGCACAGCAGACCCUGUACUUUGGAGAGAAGAGAGCGCUUAGAGAUAACCGCAUCCAGCUGCACCGCUCGACACCCACCGAGCUUUCCAUCACCAUCGCUGACGUGCAGCUGUCUGACGAGGGCGAGUACACCUGCUCCAUCUUCACCAUGCCAGUCCGUACCGCCAGAGCCACCGUCACCGUGCUAGGCGUGCCUGGUAAACCUCAGAUCUCUGGCUUUGAAAAUGCAGUCCAGGAGGGGGGCAAAGUCACCCUGACCUGCACCAGUACCGGCAGCAAACCCCCCGCCACGCUGAAGUGGUACCGCGGAGACCAGGAGCUGCAAGGGCGUCUGGAUGUGGUGGAGCCCGUUCAAGACAAUCCCACAUACACCGUGAGCAGCGAGCUCACCCUGGAGGUGAGCCGCAACGACGACAAUGCCCUCAUCACCUGCGUCGUCGACCAUGCAUCUCUCGCCCCGGGGGACAAGAGGAGCGAGCAGGCUCUGCGGGUGUUGUAUUCCCCUAACGUGGAGAUCCAUCCUGAGAGCGAUUUGCCCAGAGAGGGGGAGAAGUUUUAUCUCCAGUGUUUGGGCAACGGCAACCCAGAGCCCACCUCCUACUUGUGGGAGAAGAAGGAUGGAGAGCUCCCCCCACUGGCCAAAGCCGACGGUGCUUUCCUGCGCUUCGAGAUGCUCAACAAAUCAGAUAAUGGCGUCUACCUCUGCCAAGCCAACAACGGCAUCGGAGUCAGCAAGGGGGAGUACACACUCCUGGUGCAAGAUCCCAUGGACCCAGAUGUACCAGACACCACCUUCCCCUCUUCCUCUGACUCUCCAUCCUCUCCUUCCUCCUCCCCUCCUGACGUCUCCUCUGGCACCAGCUCUGACUCUGCAUCCUCUUCCCCCUCCACCUCCUCCUCCUUCUCCCCUGACCUCACCUCCGCUUCCACCUCUUCUCCCACCCCCUCCGAGGCUGACAUGUCGACCACCUCCUCUGAUUCCUCCUCUUCUCCCACCCCCUCCGAGGCUGACAUGUCGACCACCUCCUCUGAUUCCUCCUCUUCUCCCACCCCCUCCGAGGCUGACAUGUCGACCACCUCCUCUGAUUCCUCCUCCCCCACCACCCUCUCCAACGCUCUCUUCCCCGACCUGCCAUUCUCUCCCGACUCUCACUCCUCCCCGGCUACCCCUCCUCCCUCCUCUGCAAGCAGCGCACCGUCCACUGCCACUCCCUCCUCCUCCUCCCCCUCCUCCUCCUCUUCCCUUACUCCCUCAGUUUCCGUGCGGCUGAAUGGAGUUUACACUUUCACAGAUGCUGCAGACAACAUUGCAGACCCCACGGCCAUGCUGACCUCUUCGGGGGUGGACCACGCUGUGAUCGGAGGGGUGGUGGCUGUUAUCGUCUUCAUCCUGCUCUGCCUCCUCAUUGUCCUCGGCAGAUACCUCAUCAGACACAAAGGAACAUAUUUGACCCACGAAGCCAAGGGCUCGGACGACGCCCCUGACGCUGACACGGCUAUCAUCAACGCAGAGGGAGGCCACUCCGGAGCAGAGGACAAGAAGGAGUACUUCAUCUAGAUAGAGGAUGGAGCGGUGGAGGAAAGGAGCAGGAAGGGGGGAGGAGGAAAGUUGGAGGACAUGGAGUAGAGGAGAAGGGAGGAGUGAAGGAUACAAAAACCUCCAUUUUGUUUUCACGACGCUUCAGUUCUUCACUCGGUUGGAGGGAUGAUGGGAGGGGAAGGGAGGGAAAGAACUGUGGGCAGGAUGAAGUGAUGAGUUGAGCUUCAACUGGUACUACCCUCUUUGCAAUGAUAACAGGGAAGUGAGAUUUUGCACUGACAUACGGACGAACUGAAGUUACACACUCAAACACACACACACACACACACACAAACACACAAAUGAGUCAGUUUUUGGGGGGGAAAAAAACUCCUCUUACACAGACUUGAAUGCUCGUAGAUGCUCAGAUUAACAAACACGAGCCUCCUACUAACACAUCUGAAUUAUGACACAUUAACACAUUUUUACAUAAGCAUCGUAUCCUAUUUCUAACUGUCAACGCCUCGAAAAAGCAAAAUUGUAACUCACAUUCCGGCAUCCCAAGCUGAUAUUUCACUCCUCACCACCAUGCCGACCUGUCUCCUCCACAUUCAAACCAAACCAGCUCUCUCUUUUUCACGUUGUUUGUCCUCAUUCUCUCCCAUCUUAACAAGGCAGUAUCCCUCUGUAAACAUCCUAGUGGCAGAGAAAUCCAUCUAAAUUAUUACUGACAGACAUAAUCUCCCUCUCUCUCACAGUUUAAUCUUUUUAUUCCAUCAAACCUCUUUUUUCUGCACCCUCACACACGCCCCCCCGGUACGAGCCGACAAUUUUUCCCUCAACGCAGCACCACACAACAUGCAACACUCAUGCAAAAAUAGCAUUCCCGCCUUGUGCUACAAAGCCGAGGGGCUCCAGUAUACAUAUAUAAAUAUAUAUAAAUAUAUAUAUAGAAUUAUAUAGCAUUCUUUUUACUUGACAGAAAAUGUUUGGUGUGCUGUAAAUACACACUCUCUCUGUCCUCUUUCUACCUUCUGUCUCUCCUUCUUCUAUCUAUCUCCUGUCUCUCUCCUCUCUACAUCUCCUUCUCUCCUGUAUCUCAUACAGUCUGUUACUGCAUUACAGUAACUUAUAUACUCUACAAAAAAAGCCUGCCUGUUUUUAUUACAUGCGUGGAAAUGCAGAGUCGAAAAUAUCAGUAUCUGGGAAAAAAAAUAAAAAUAACGAUGAUGACGUUGCGAUGAAAACUAACCUUAUCUGCAAAUAUUUGUAUGAGGUUUUCCUUGUUUUUUUUCUCCUUGUUCUUUUAUCCCUGUUUGGUUUUUGGGACUUCUGAGAGACUUUCUCUCGUCAGUGUCUCAGUGUGUUACUGUCAGUGUUAACAGUUUACAGUGUCUGUCGGUUUGUCAGUCCAGGAGUCCAUGAAUCUGAUUUCCAAUGUUGUGUUUUGAUUUUGAGGUUUAGGGUUUUGAUGCCGUUUCUCUCUCUGUGCCCCACAUCCAUUUUGUCCCUGCCUAACUGGCCCUCUUAAUCCCAAACACUAAACUGUAGCAAGACCUUGGUGGUCACCAUUUUGAAAGGCGUCAACGUGUUUGGUGGAGCUUUCCUGGAGUAUCGCUGCCCCGGUGUGCUUGCACCCAUGGACCACUGUGGUCUUCUUUCCACUAGGCCCUGCUGAACGUACCGCUCGCCUCCACCUUUUUUUUCUCCCCUGCGGCAAACUGUUUGUCUUGGCGUGGCCACCUGGCGCUAAAAUCAUUGAAUAGUGACAUCACGACUUCCUCUAAGAAGCUGGCACGGUUGUUGCUUCAGGGAGGUGAAAAUGCUUGCUCGCUUUCCACUACAGGGCCAAACAGGACUGCCUACAUGCAUUAUGACAAACUUCCUGGCAUAAAAAACCCUUUCUGUUAUUGUUUCUUUCUCUCUGUGUGUGUUAUUGCAAGCAGGAAUCAUUCGCCAGCUUAGCAAAAGGUUCCCAUAAAUGAACAGUGUUUUAUUAAGGUUGGGAGUUCGCCUUGGCACUGGCAAGCUCCACUUGGCCCGGUCGUGGAAAUUGAUUGCAAUCUAACUAAGAGGCUCUGGGCUCCAGACUGUUCACAUGCCAAGGUUUGGCUUGGUGGGCAGGGUGCCGAGCUGGAGUCUGGGCAGCACUAACACUGAAGAAAGUCAUUUAGGAACUUAAAUGUCCUCUUCUUUUUUUUGCCCCUCCGCUCCACUCGUCCAUUUCUUUUCAUUCUUUAAUCAAUCAUCCCGUCUACGUCCUGAUCCACCUUCACCCGGUCUCUCCUCUCCUCAGCGCUCCUUCCCCCUCGUCUCCCUCCUCCAUCUCCGGUUGAUGUCCGAUUCUCCUUGCUGGUCUCUCUCUCACUCUCAUUCAGGAGUCCAUGUAGACGUACAGUAGAAAUAGCGUCUCUAGGUUUUGCCGGCGUUCGCUGAUGGCUCUCCGCAGCACUUUUUGGGAGUGUUUUGGAGAGGAAUCCAUUUGCUGUUGUCAGUCUACCCGUAGACAGUUAUGUCUGUGAUAGUUUUUGUACACCUUUUUCGGGAAUGUUCAGGGAUUGUGCUUUUCGUACCUUUCCCCGCAUUAUUGUUAACUGCUGCCUAGCUGGCUGCUUGUAAAGAAAGUAGCCAAGCUAGUGUGUCUAUAAGCUAGCUAUACUAUAAAGGGUAAUGUGACCUGAAGCAGGGUCAGCUGUUGUGUUUCUUUCUUGGAAUUUGGGGUGGCUGAGUUGACACUGGAGUAAACUUGGCUUAAACACUGUUUGAAUCCUGUUGGACACAGUUUGGAAGUGAACCAGACAACUUUGAACAAACAGAGGCAUAGAAUUCAUAACACUGUUUAUCCCAUGUUUUCUCUGCAACACUCUACAGCAUUUCACAGUAAUCAUGUCUGCAGACCAGAGGACGGACUUUGUCUCACAGAGCCCAUUGUCCACUUUGAAGAGAUACCUUUGAUUUGUAUUUAACCCCAGUCUAAUUCUGCUCUGUGAAUGGAGAAAGGAAUACCUGCCUCAUACUCAAAAAGUGUAGUGUCUUUUAAAACUAAUGGACCUGUAUUUGCCUGUAAUUUAUUGUCCUGUCCUUUGUCUUAGUUAAUGUGCUAGCAUGUAGCUUGCAUGAGAAACGGUUGGAAAUGUAGAUAGUGUUGGAGAUGAGAAGGGCUGACAAGCUUCUCUCUUGAGACAAGAGCGGCGGUCUGCCCAGCUGACCUGCCUGCUGUUCUCUGAUCUGCAAACAUAGGCUGUGUCCCAGUUAAACCUGUCUGUACCUCCUCAACCACUGCAGCUCUCGGGAUAACGCUGAGGCAACCCAUGAAGUGGGACUUAUUACUUAUUACAUUAAGACGACAUAGAGGUACAAUAGCGUUGAAUUGGGACGUGCAUUCAGUCUAAUUCAUAUUUCAUCACAUCAGUGCAGUAAUGACAAGCUGUCACCAGAUGCCAGCAAACAGCAGCUUCUCUUGUCCCUCUUCAGUCAGACCGAGCUGUCCUGCCCCACCACUUGACUCUCACCAACUCCUCUUCAGGCAGUCGCACACUAGCUGCCGCUCAUCGCUUUUCUUUUUAUAGUAUAAACAAAUUGAUUUUUAAAUUAUGUUUUGUAAAAGGUGUGCAUAAUCUUAAAUGUGUUACUUUCAAUUCAAUUGAUAAUCAUUUUCUUCUUCUUUUUUUUUUGAAUUAGUUUUUUCCAAAACUUGAAGGUUAGAAAUUUUAGUUUUUGCAUAUUUUAUUGUUUCAACAACCAUUUUUAUAUAAUUUCAUGUAUAUAGUGUUGCCUUUACUGGGAUACUCUUACAAGCGCACCCAUACACACUUUGCACACACACUUUAGAUACAUGCACAUCCACACACAUAUCUGGAUAUGCACGGCAGGCAUGAUGUCUGUGACUAUGGUGUAUUUGUACAUAUGUGUGUGUAUGUGUGUUUGUGUAUGAGUGUGAGGUGUGUAUUAAUUGACCCAAACAGACUCCGGAGACACUCUUAAGUGUGUUGCAUUCACAAAAAUUGUUAUUAUUUCGAUGACUAAAACAAUGUCUGUUUUUAGCAUUAUUAUUUUUGGAUGACAAGUCUUCCUUUUGAAUAAAUAUCCAUAUCACAUGAGAAUAGUGCUGUUAUGUAUGUUAAUUUGUACUAUCGCUGAUGAUGUCAUCAAGGCGAGAGCCAACCGCAUGCUGUGGUGGGUUUGCGUCCGUUGGCUGUUCAUAAAGUAUUAUGUUUGUGUUUUAUUUGGGUUUUUUUGUUGAAAUACCAGUUCAGUUGUUGACUUCAAUAAACAUGCAUUUGGGUUAAUUUCA